GGGCCUUUCGUAUCACCUCGGUUCGGGGAGGCCGCGGCUCCGCCAUGGAGGACCCGGAGAGGGAGGCCGACGUGUCGGAGCUGCAGCGCCUGGUGGCAGUCGAGGAGCAGCGCGCCCGCCUCGCCGCUCAGGUUCACAACUUCAUGGAGGUCUGCUGGGAAAAAUGUGUUGACAAGCCAGGUUCCAAGCUGGACUCCAGAACAGAAACUUGCCUCGCUAACUGCGUCAACCGCUUCAUAGACACAACACUGUCCAUCACCAAUCGCUUUGCACAGAUAAUACAGAAAGGAGGCCAUUGACUGCCGCAUGGAGGAGGUCCCCUUUGGUCAACGGACUUAACAAGAUCCAGGUCUUUCACUGGACCCCUACUCUGUCAGUUGUUCUACCUCAGUGCAGCAAUGCUUGAAGAGCCAUUUGUGCAUGACUGUUCAUGCCUAAGUGGCAUUAGACUGGGUCACGUAGAACAAAAUCUUUGCUCCUUUCAAGCUAAUAAAUCAAGACUUGUCUAAACAAAUUGACUCUGUAGCAAAAAGUUAACUUCUCUGCUUUCUUCCUAAUGCAGGAUAAUAGGGAUAACAUGUACCCUCACGCUAAAUAGCAUGCUCUUAAAAUUCUCUCUCAAAGGUAGAAGUGUUUUCAGGAAAUCUUAGGGAAAAAUGGGGAGGGGAGAGAAAUUGUAAACUCAUUGCCGGAGGAGCUGUCUUCUUUUGUCCCCAUUUAUUAGCCUCUUUGAGCGAUCUUAUAGCUCACAUAGGCUCUCUUGUGUACUCUUUCCUCCUCCAUUUGAUGAGAACAGAAAAGUUGCUUUCCGAUUCAAAACUAAUUUGUACAGUAGUUACUGCUGCUGAUAAUGAUUGCAGUCAAAAUCAAUUCAGCCAUCCCAUUCUUUAUUUUGGAGUUUAUACUGCUUCGGUUCUAUUCUACGAACAUGCCAAUUUGUAUCGAAGCAUAUUUCUUAAUGAAUUGCUAUCUUCUAAUGAACACCUGUGAACCUGGUCAGCAUAUUUUAUCCUUGCAAAACACAUUUUCUGCCAUUUGAGGAAAGAGCUGUUUUCAAACAGAGCUUUCUAGAUCUGUGCCAGAGUGCUGAUUGCAAGUUCUACAAAUGUAACGUAGGAUUUCCUGGCUUGCACUUAAAGGCCAGGAACAGGUAUAGAUCCUUCACUCUGCCAUCCUCCCUCCAAAAGCUGGAAUUCCAUUUAUAGUGAGUGUGCUGUUGCUGUUCUUCAGAUUUAUUUUUGAAGCCCACCCCUUUCACAAUGCCUUUCCAAUCUAAGAGUGUCUCAUCUCCCCCACCUCCAAAAUAAUCAGUGCAUGUUUACAAUGGUGUAUAAAAUCUUAAAUGCUAUUAUAAAGACUCUUAAUUUUGA